AUGGAUGCACUCAAUCUUGGUUUAGAAGAUAAAUCAGCUAACUAUCCUAAGACAGCAACAUCUUUUAAGUCUCUUGAAAGUCAAGAAUCAUUAUCUACAAGAACGACAUCAUCAAUUACAUCAAAAUCAUCAAUAAAAACAAUACCUAAGAAUAAACGUAUUGAUGUUAUUGAAGAGUAUAAGAAACGGAGUUCUGAUAAGGUUUCGUUAAAUUUAGUGAUUAUUGUCAAUGAAAAGACCAUGAGAAAGUAUGAAAGAGAUUCUUCAAAAAUUGGAAAGUCUUCUUUUGCAUACGCAUGGGUUCUUGAUGAAACAGGUGAAGAAAGAUCAAGAGGUAUUACUAUGGAUAUUGCAAUCACAAAAUUUGAAACCGAGCAUAGGCGAUUUACAUUGUUAGAUGCUCCCGGACAUCGGGAUUUUAUUCCUAACAUGAUUUCGGGUGCAGCUCAGGCAGAUGUUGCUAUUCUUGUGGUUGAUGCCACCACCGGUGAAUUUGAAGCUGGAUUCGAUGCAAAUGGUCAAACAAAAGAACACGCUUUGCUUGUUAGAAGUUUGGGCGUUCAACAAUUAAUCGUUGCGAUAAAUAAAUUAGAUGUUGUAAAUUGGUCACAAGAUAGAUAUAAGGAAAUCAUGGCCAAAUUAAAUCCAUUUUUGACUCAAGCUGGAUUUAAAAAGGACAAAGUAAUAUAUGUCCCUUGUAGUGGAUUGACUGGGGAAAAUCUGUUAAAGAGGUCUGAAAACGUAUUGGAAUGGUAUUCUGGGCCUACAUUAGUUGAACAAAUAGAUCAAUUCGAACCUCCUAUACGGCUUUUAGAAAAGCCAUUCCGACUUUCUGUUUCGGAUUUUUUCAAAGGAGGAAUAGGGAGCAUGGGCGGUGUUACUGUUGCUGGGAGAAUAGAGGCGGGAAAUAUUCAGAUUGGCGAAGGUGUCACGGUAAUCCCUGGUGGAGAACAUGGAGUUGUAAAAGGUUUGGAAGUAAAUAAUUCGUCUUCAAAAUGGGCUGUAGCAGGGGAUUCUGUUUUAAUGACAUUAGCUGAAUUGGACAUUAUUCAACUCAAGAUUGGGUCUAUUCUAUGUUCAAUUUCACAUCCGGUUCCUGUGACAUCACAUUUUUUGGCACAGAUCGUUGUAUUUGAAAUUAUUAAAGUUCCAAUCACAAGAGGAUUUCCUGUUAUACUUCAUAGACAAAGUCUUAAUGAGCCAGCUAUUAUCACAAAAUUGAUAUCGAUCUUGGAUAAAAGUACGGGGGCAAUUUUAAAGAAAAACCCUAGAUGUCUUGUUAAAUCAUCAAAUGCGAUUGUUGAAAUUGAACUUUCUAAUAGACCAAUUCCUCUAGAAACUUUUAAGGAAAAUAAAGAAUUAGGAAGAAUUAUGUUAAGAAAAGGUGGAGAAACAGUUGCUGCUGGUAUUGUUACUAAUGUAAGUAUAUUAUAA